AUGGACAAAAUAUCCGAGUUGCCAAAAGACAUCUUGCAGAGAAUACUAUACUUCCUCUCCCAAAAAGAGGCUAUUCGAACAUCCCUCUUGUCGAAAUCGUGGCGUUAUACUUGGUGCACUCGUCUCAACGUUGAUCUUGACUUUUCGGACGUCGCCUUCAAAAAAAACAAGCAAAAAUUUAUAUUCGUUGUUAACGAUACUUUACAACGUUACCGCGACCAAAGGCUGUGCGUGGAGGAAUUCCACCUUCGUAUAUCGCUAGGCGAUAUGUUCAACGAUCUCGAUCAUGAAUCCGUUUCGCUGCUUGAAAAAUGGAUCCCGUUACUCACAGUUAUGGGUAUGAAGAAGUUUCGUCUCUCCGUUCGUUCCGGACACAGAUCUGUUAAACUGCCGCCUGUAAUCUUUGGAGCGGUAUCCCUCCAAGAUUUGCACCUGGAAAGUUUCUAUUUCGACCGAAAGGCUAUUGAAAGGAUGUUACUCUUCAAGCACCUAAAAUCACUUCGUCUCGAUAAAGUCUGCAUCGAGGAUGAGAUUUUUGACAAGAUAAUUGCAAAUUUUCCUUCGAUUGAAACUUUGGCUGUCGAAGAAUGUAUAUGGUUAAGAACAAUUAAAGUGGAUGAUCUUCACAAUCUCAAGUACUUGUUCUUUAAAAUGUCUUAUAUAACCCGCGGAGAGGAGGAACUUUGUCGCAUCGAAAUCCAUCCCUCCCCAUCUCUUGAAACCAUUGAUAUUACGAAUUGUAAUCUUUGGUUCCACAAAGGAGUGGAUUUCCGUAAUCUAAAAGAAUUAUCUCUAUGCCAUGUGACUUUGUCAUUGGACCACUUGUCUUCGUGUAAAUUCCCUAGCCUCGAAUACUUGAAAAUUUUCGGUUGGCCUGGACUCAGAGAUUCCCAUUUAUUUAUUGAUGCCCCAAACAUACUAUACUUUCAAUUUGCGCAAGACUUUGUGGCGUCCAUCUCUUUUGCACCAACUUCCGGUGAGUGGGAAUCGGACAUAUUACUCAACUUUGAGCUUUCACAUGUUACUUCUGCAAACAUCGAUCACUACCUCUACAGCAAAUGGGAUAGGGUGCGGAUCGAGUUUUUGUGGAAGAUUCUAAUGCAGAGGGAAACUGGUAAGGAAGAUCAAUUCUCAUUUCGAGAUUUGGAGGAAGCGAGAAUGGAGAUUCGUGGCAUCAAUCAAGAAGAAUGGCAUCCAAUUAGUUUGUCGGAAUUGCCAAACGAUCAAGAAAGGGGAUAUCAUUUUAUUCGCUUUGCAUUGAAAUGGAGACAAACUUUGUGA